UUUCCACCGCCUUCGCCAUAACCAGCAUCACGUUCGCUCUUCGAUCUCCUCUCAAACGAUGGUGAGUAUACAUAAUAAAUUCUGGGAUCUCAUGUCCCGUAGAGUUCAGGUUCAUUCUUAUAUGAAUGUCUCCAGAUAUCAUCAUAAGGUUUGGAAGAAGCGAAAGCAAACCAUUCCGGCAGAACAUAUAAAACACAGAGGAAGAGUUUGUGAGGUUUACGCACUCAAGGAGGGAUUAAAGUAUAUCGAUGAAGAUUUUUUCGACGAUUCAAAGGUUAAAGAAAUGAUGAGAGGUGCAAAAGAGUUCAACAUACCAACAUUCAGAGAGAACCGUGAACUUGUAGCAUCUGAAGACGGAGGCCUGCAUAAUCCAUCAGUUCUUGUAUUCAAUUCAUCUUGGGGAAGCAAUGAAGCUCCAAUCAAAGUUGAAAAGUUUAAUUAUCCUUCUCUCUCUGGAGUGCAGAGGCCAACAAAGGAAGAUGAUAUUGCCUUCAUGACGGUACUUGAACUAGGAGUACUAAUUAGAACCAAGAAGAUCACUUCACUGGAGCUUACAGACAUUUUUCUUCAAAGAUUGAAGAGGUAUAAUCAUGUCCUUGAAGCCGUGAUUACAUAUACUGAAGAGUUAGCACACUCGCAGGCGAAGGAAGCAGAUAGACUGCUUGAACAAGGAAUUUACCUGGGUCCUCUCCACGGAAUUCCAUAUGGGUUGAAAGAUAUCAUAUCUGUUCCAAAUUACAAGACCACCUGGGGUUCAAAAAUGUUCAAAGAUCAGGUUCUCGACAUUGAAGCUUGGGUGUAUAAAAGGCUAAAGAAUGCAGGAGCUGUUCUUGUGGCAAAGCUUGUUACUGGGUCGCUGGCUUAUGAUGAUAUCUGGUUUGGGGGAAGGACCCGUAACCCUUGGAAUAUUGCGGAGUUUUCUACUGGUUCAUCAGCUGGGCCUGCUGCCAGCACCUCUGCAGGUUUGGUUCCUUUUGCCAUUGGCUCUGAAACUAUUGGGUCCAUGAUUCUCCCUGCUGCUCGAUGCGGGACAACUUGCCUACGUCCCACUUUUGGUACCGUUGGACGAACCGGUGUAAUGAGCCUCUCUGAGAGCUUGGAUAAGCUUGGCCCUUUCUGCAGAAGUGCAGAAGACUGUGGAGUUAUAAUAGAUGCUAUUCAGGGAAAAGACCCAGACGACCUCUCAUCUCGACACGUACAUCUUAAGGAUCCAUUCUCGGUUGACAUAACAAAACUCACUGUUGGAUAUCUUGAAGACGCUGAAAUGGACGUUGUUCACCUUCUUUCUUCCAAGGAUGUUAAUGUUGUCCCUUUCAAGCUGAACUAUACAGUUAAAUCGGUUCAGGAAGUUCUUAAGUUCACGAUGAAUGUUGACAUGCUAGCCCACUUUGACAAGUGGCAGAGAUUAGGAUAUGAUGAUGAUUAUGAAGCUCAAGAUCAGUGGCCAGUGGAUCUUCGUCUUGCUCGACUGAUCCCUGCAGUAGAUUAUAUUCAGGCCCAAAGGGUGCGGGGCAAAAUAAUUAAGGAAGUUCGUGAAAGCUUUACAGUUGAUGCAUUUAUUGGCGAUGUAACUGACUGGGAAAGGGUCUGCUUAGGAAAUCUGGUAGGCUUUCCUGUUGUUGUUAUUCCUACUGGUUUUAAGAACAUUGAAGACCCACCGGAAGGUGGUACACGAAGAAGAAGUACAAUCACAACAGGCAUAUAUGCACCUCCUGACCAUGAUCACAUUGCUCUAGCACUAGCCAUGGCAUACCAAUCAGCUACCGAUCAUCACAAACAGCGCCCACCAAUCGAUGACCUCGGUCCAAAUGAUCCAUCCCCAAUUACGGGUAAAAGAAAGUCUCGAUGAGGGAGAUAAUAGCAGAUUGCGACAAUUGGCGUAAAUCCUCCAUUGAACAUUUAGUAUGAAAUGUUGUAUACUUGUA